AUGUGCAUUUGCAGAGAUGGUGUCGUCAGUGGCAGCAGUAGCCGAGUUGAUUCGAGGACUCAUCGUCGCGUACCGAAGCAGAUCAGCCAUAGACUGCAAACCACCGUGCAAAGGUCUGCUGCAGUUCCUGUUGGCCAAGCACCUACCACUUUGCUUGUUCGCCAUCCACUUGCUGUACGCCGCCAACUCGCGCCACCUCGCACACCUCCGCGUUUUCAAGGUGUCCAGCCAGAAUUCGACGAUUUUCGACGUCGUCAGCGACCUGUUACUUCACUCGCAAUCCGACGUGCCCAAAUCCGACGUGUACCGCUCUCACAGGCGACUCACAUUCGCAAGCCAACUCUACUGUUCGUCGGUAAUCUAAGCAGACCAACUUCUCACAAGGACAUUCUGGAGAGACCAUCACGACCACGCACUGUGCCGCUGCCACCAGUAGAACCACCGCGGCAGUUCACUAGGCAUCGACUUCGUGUUCGACUGCAACGACCUACUAAUAAGCAAUUAACCGAUCUCAGAACUCUUCCUCGGACGUCAUCGAUGAGUGAUGGAGUGGUGAAAGGAGAAACAGCAGCGUCCGCAGAUGUAGUCUCGGAUAGCGAUGUCGAAAGGGCGGUGUUAAAGGCGAUUAUAGAAUCAUCAACAACAUCGUCGAGAAGAAAUGGUCGAAUUCGUCGACCACAUCUACGAACGUUCCCCCAUAGCAGUGAUACUGCUAGCGAGAAUAGAAAGCGGCCAUCCCCGAGGAAGGAAGAAGUGUCACCUUCACCAAUAGCACCUACAGCUCGAAACACAAGUCGACGCAUAACGUCUACAACUAAAGCGCCAGAACUGCCACCAGUUAUAGACAUUACAAAAUUCACAAGCAAUGCUACCAUUAAUGUUAACCCUGGGCCAGCGGCAGUCGCUAGUCCAUCUGCACCAUCUCUAAUUGCACCACAAGCUGCCCAGUCUACACCUGGCUCACCGUUGUUGCUCUUCACCACAUCUCGACGACGAGUUACAAGUCUUACCAAUCGUGCGCAAGGUCAGCAAGACCGCAAUAUAAGUCGUGGCCUUCAUCGACAGAGCAGCACCACCCAGUCACACCAUUCAUUCACCUCUGCCUCAGCGCCACCUACUUCAGUCACUUCUACUCAACCCACAAUUACUGCCGUACCACCUUCGACGAAUGGUCUGAGCACCAUCGCUCAAGGGAAAAAUGCCGAUGUAACUCUUACCUCACCAAGAAGACCUCCACCGCAGCCACUUCCAAUAACAGGAGCGCCGCCCACCGUGAAUCGAUCCCGCCCUUCGGUUCCUUCUUUGAGAAUUAACAAUUCUGCCGAAGCACCACCUAUUGCCACAGGAUCUUUAGAAUCAGAGUUACGAAAACCAACGGAAGUCAUGUCGGAAACGGCAGUCCACAGAAAUCUGGUGGAUCAUUCAACUUCAAACGAAGACUCAUUUGACGUUGAACCUGCGGUUCUCAAUAGAAAGACGGCAAUCGUUGCACCUCUUAGAAAUCUUCCACUAAGUGAAGUAGUGGAAGGUUCAGCAGACAUUGCAGAAGAAGAGUUAGCAACGGUUUCUGCGACUUCUUCUCCAACUACUACCUCUCCAACUCCAACUACCACUCCCUUGGCAUUUCACACACCCACACUGGCUGGGAUUGAGAGCUCGACAGUGAUCACCACGACAAGACAGACAACUACUCGCUCAACGCCAUUUCCCUUAACAUCGCUUCAGGACAUUUCACUUGGCAAUGGUGGUCUAAAAGAAGAACUAAACCAAAAUCUCAUCCAAGGAAACCCGACAUCGACUUUGGUACCGCCACCAGGGUCACCACCAGGAAUGCCAGCGAUACCGCCGCAGGAAGCUGGCGCGCCUGGAGCUGCACCACCGAAUGAUUCUGUGGUGGAGGAACUGAAUCGUGCCGAGAACUUCAUGGAGGUAAUGUCAGCAGUUCAGAGCUGCUUACUAGAACCUGUUCUUUUGGCGUUAGGUACUGCGUGCAUAAGACAAUGGUUCCCCUUGAAAUAA